CCGCAGUUCUCCCGUGAGAGGGCCUUUGCGGUGAGCCAAACACAUUAGCUCAGCAGCGGAAGACUCCGAGUUCUCGGUACUCUUCAGGGAUGAGUCAUGUGGCGGUGGAAAAUGCGCUCGGGCUGGACCAGCAGUUUGCUGGCCUAGACCUGAACUCUUCUGAUAAUCAGAGUGGAGGAAGUACCGCCAGCAAAGGGCGCUAUAUUCCUCCUCACUUAAGGAACAGAGAAGCUACUAAAGGAUUCUAUGAUAAAGACAGUUCAGGGUGGAGUUCUAGUAAAGAUAAGGAUGCAUACAGCAGUUUUGGUUGCCGUAGUGAUUCAAGAGGGAAGUCUAGUUUCUUCAGUGAUCGUGGAAGUGGAUCAAGGGGAAGGUUUGAUGAUCGUGGACGAGGUGACUAUGACAGCAUUGGCAGCCGUGGUGAGAGAGGUGGCUUUGGAAAAUAUGAACGUGGUGGAAACAGUCGCUGGUGUGACAAAUCAGAUGAAGAUGAUUGGUCAAAACCACUCCCGCCAAGUGAACGCUUGGAACAAGAACUUUUUUCUGGAGGCAACACCGGGAUUAACUUUGAAAAAUACGAUGACAUUCCAGUUGAGGCAACAGGCAACAACUGUCCUCCACACAUUGAAAGUUUCAGUGAUCUUGAGAUGGGAGAAAUUAUUAUGGGAAACAUUGAGCUUACUCGCUACACUCGUCCAACUCCAGUGCAAAAGCAUGCUAUUCCUAUUAUCAAAGAGAAGAGAGACUUGAUGGCUUGUGCCCAAACAGGGUCUGGAAAAACUGCAGCAUUUCUCUUGCCCAUCUUGAGUCAGAUUUAUUCUGAUGGUCCAGGCGAGGCUUUGAGGGCCAUGAAGGAAAAUGGAAGGUAUGGGCGCCGCAAACAAUACCCAAUCUCCUUGGUGUUAGCACCAACUAGAGAAUUGGCUGUACAGAUCUAUGAGGAAGCCAGGAAAUUUUCAUACCGAUCUAGAGUUCGUCCUUGCGUGGUUUAUGGUGGUGCUGAUAUUGGUCAGCAAAUUCGAGACUUAGAACGUGGAUGUCACUUGUUAGUAGCCACUCCAGGACAUCUAGUGGAUAUGAUGGAAAGAGGGAAGAUUGGAUUAGACUUCUGCAAAUACUUGGUGUUAGAUGAAGCUGAUCGGAUGUUGGAUAUGGGGUUUGAGCCUCAAAUACGUAGAAUCGUUGAACAAGAUACUAUGCCACCAAAGGGAGUUCGCCACACUAUGAUGUUUAGUGCUACCUUCCCGAAGGAAAUACAGAUGCUUGCUCGUGAUUUCUUGGAUGAGUAUAUCUUUCUGGCCGUAGGAAGAGUUGGCUCUACCUCUGAGAACAUCACACAGAAAGUAGUCUGGGUGGAAGAGUCAGACAAACGGUCAUUUCUGCUUGACCUUCUAAAUGCAACAGGCAAAGAUUCACUGACCUUAGUGUUUGUGGAGACCAAAAAGGGUGCAGAUUCUCUAGAGGAUUUCUCGUACCAUGAAGGAUAUGCCUGUACGAGUAUCCAUGGAGACCGAUCUCAGAGAGAUAGAGAAGAGGCUCUUCACCAGUUCCGCUCAGGAAAAAGCCCGAUUCUAGUGGCUACAGCAGUAGCAGCAAGAGGACUGGACAUUUCAAAUGUGAAACAUGUUAUCAAUUUUGAUUUGCCCAGUGAUAUUGAAGAAUAUGUACAUCGCAUUGGCCGUACAGGACGUGUAGGAAACCUUGGCCUUGCCACCUCAUUCUUUAAUGAGAGGAACGUAAAUAUUACCAAGGAUUUGUUGGAUCUUCUUGUUGAAGCUAAACAAGAAGUGCCAUCUUGGUUAGAAAACAUGGCUUAUGAACAUCACUACAAGGGUAGCAGUCGUGGACGAUCCAAAAGUAGUAGAUUCAGUGGAGGAUUUGGUGCCAGAGACUAUCGACAGAGUAGUGGUGCCAGCAGUUCCAGCUUCAGCAGCAGCCGCGCCAGCAGCAGCCGCAGUGGUGGAGGCGGCCAUGGCAGCAGCAGAGGGUUUGGUGGAGGUGGCUAUGGAGGCUUUUACAACAGUGAUGGAUAUGGAGGAAAUUAUAACUCCCAGGGGGUUGACUGGUGGGGUAACUGAACCUGCUUUGCAGUAGGUCACCCUGCCAAACAAGCUAAUAUGGAAACCACAUGUAACUUAGCCAGACUAUACCUUGUGUAGCUUCAAGAACUCGCAGUACAUUACCAGCUGUGAUUCUCCACUGAAAUUUUUUUUUUAAGGGAGCUCAAGGUCACAUGAAGAGUUGAAAGGAACAAUCAGCAGCCCUGUUCAGAAGGUGGUUUGAAGACUUCAUUGCUGUAGUUUGGAUUAACUCCCCUCCCAACCCCCAUCCCAAACUGCAUUUAUAAUUUUGUGACUGAGGAUCAUUUGUUAAUGUACUGUGCCUUUAACUUUAGACAACUUUUUAUUUUGAUGUCCUGUUGGCUCAGUAAUGCUCAAGAUACCAAUUGUUUUGACAAAAUAAAUUUACUGAACUUGGGCUAAAAUCAAACCUUGGCACACAGGUGUGAUACAACUUAACAGGAAUCAUCGAUUCAUCCAUAAAUAUUAUAAGGAAAAAACUUAUGCGGUAGCCUGCAUUAGGGCUUUUUGAUACUUGCAGAUUGGGGGAAAACAAACAACAAACGUCUUGAAGCAUAUUAAUGGAAUUAGUUUCUAAUGUGGCAAACUGUAUUAAGUUAAAGUUCUGAUUUGCUCACUCUAUCCUGGAUAGGUAUUUAGAACCUGAUAGUCUUUAAACAAGCCAUUCCAGUCAUGAUGAGGUGAUGUAUGAAUACAUGCAUACAUUCAAAGCACUGUUUUCAAAGUUAAUGCAAGUAAAUACAGCAAUUCCUCUUUCAGUGUUUAGGCAGAUCAUUAAUUAUGAGCUAGCCAGAUGUGGGCAUACUAUUACAGGGAAAGUAUAAAGGUCUGAUAACUUGAGAUAGGUUUUUAGGAGAAUUCAUCUACUUAGACUUUAUAAAUGCCUGCCAUAAGUGAAAUUGAAAUGGUAGAAUGGCUGACCACAGCAAUGACCAGCCCUCAUUUAGGGCCCUGGAUGAUUUUUGGUCUAAUAACGCAUGCUAGUGUUGAUGUUUUUUGGUCAAGAGGGUAUGAACAGGAAGAAUUAAUGCAGCAGGCUUUAUUUUAAAUGCCGAUUUACAUUACUCUGUUCAAGCUGCGUUGAGAUGUUAAACUGGCUUACUAUAGACUUUGUAAAAAUGGCUCCAGAAGAGUAACAAACUGAAAUCUUUUGAGAUCACACAGGUUGGAAAUAUGUACAUAACUGCACAAGGUGUCAAUUCUGCUAUACAGUGCAGUUUUAGUCAGUUUUAGUUGCAUAGGUUUCCAUUGUAUUUAUAGUCUGUUUAUGCUAAAUCUGGCCAAAGAUGAGCAUUGUCCACCACUAAAAUGCCUCUGCCACUUUGAAUUCUGUGCUAAUUUUGUGGCCAGAAUGCGGUGAUCAAAACGCUCAAUCUUUUUACAGUGGCAUAGGAAGAUGGCAAAAAUUUCCUAAAGUGCAAUAGAUUUUCAAGUGUAUUGUGCCUUGUUCUAAAACUUUUAUUAAGUAGGUGCACUUGACAGUAUUGAGGUCAUUUGUUAUGGUGCUAUUUCAAUUAGUCUAGGUUUAGGCCCUUGUACAUUUUGCCCAUGACUUUUUACAAAGUACUUCUUUUAUUGCACAUUCAGAGAAUUUUAUAUAUAUGUCUUGUGUGCGUGUCCUUAAACUGCCAAUCUUAUUUUGUCUCUUGGAGAUUGUUGAACGCAGCUUGUCUAGGAAGGGGAUGGGACUAGAUUCUAAAAUUUAUUUGGGACAAUGGGAAUGAUAGUUGGGAAGAAAACUAUUUGCACACGACAGAUUUCUAGAUACUUUUUGCUGCUAGUUUUAUGUAAUAUUUAUUGAACAUUUUGACAAAUAUUUAUUUUUGUAAGCCUAAAAGUGAUUCUUUGAAAGUUUAAAGAAACUUGACCAAAAGACAGUACAAAAACACUGGCACUUGAAUGUUGAAUGUCACCGUAUGCGUGAAAUUAUAUAUUUCGGGGUAGUGUGAGCUUUUAAUGUUAAGUCAUAAUAAACUCUUAAGUCAAAUUAAGCAGACCCGGCAUUGGCAGUGUAGCCAUAACUUUCUGAUGUUAGUAAAAAUAAAAUUGGCGACUUUAAAUUAAAUCAUGCCAAGGUUUUGAUACACUUGUCUUAAGAUAUUAAUGAAACACUUCAAAACACUGAUACGAAGUGUCCAGAUUCUCAGAUAUUGUGUGAGUUUUGUUUCGUUGUGUGUAUUUUUUUUUUUUCAGUGAAUGUCUGGCUCAUUGCAAUCCUCAAACAUGUGGUUAUCUUUGUUGUAUUGGCAUAAUCAGUGACUUGUACAUUCAGCGUUAGCAUUUGAGCAAGUUUUAUCAGCAAGCAAUAUUUUCAGUUAAUAAAUAAGGUUUCAAAAAUCACAUGAGUGGAUUUAAACUUGCUGAAUGUGAAGAUUGAACCUCAAGUCACUGUAGCUUUAGUAAUUGCUUAUUGUAUUAGUUUAGAUGCUAGCACUGCAUGUGCUGUGCAUAUUCUGAUUUUAUUAAAAUAAAAAGUUGAACUGCA